GGAGGAGCGGAGUGCCUGGAUUUCUGGCGCCUCUAAAGCGGGAGGGAAAUUGAUCCCGACUUGGGACCGACUAGAGGAAAGUUGGUCUUCGUAACGUGCACCCUUUACAGACAAAGCCUAUCAUUGGCUGUUGACCAUUUUAAUGUAUAUAAAUCCCUGGGGUUCAAAGCCUGCAUCCCUCUGAAUGUUGUUGCCAGAGAAAAAGGGAAGCUUGCUGGCUCCCUAAAUUGCUCCUGAACUUCCCUGGAGCGAGGGGGUUGGGCUUUGUUAAACUCAUGGCUUGAUCUAACACAACGUAUUUCAGAAUAGAUCUAAUUUCCUCAGCUGUGUUUUCUAUACGUGGUUUCUUUAGUUUCUUCCCCUUUAUGUACGCACACAUUUAAUUAUACUCGAUUUUGGAAUGUGGUAGACUUGUAAGCCUGCGCUUGGGAUGCUUCAAUAAUCUUGUUUGACAUUUCUCUUUGAAGUCUAGUUUUUUCCAAAACAGGUGCAGGCCCACAAGAUGAGAUUGGGAGAAAGAUGGAGAUGGAAUGCAGAUUUCCAGGAAAGAGAUAGUCUAGCACUGCAAUUGUAGAAUUCCAGGAUUGUUCAUUUUUGCAUAAUUAUAGCAGGCUUUUGCUAGAAUGGAAGAAUCUCACUUCAACUCCUCCCCGUAUUUCUGGCCAGGAGUGCCCACAGUCUCGGGACAGAUUGACAACAGUAUGUUCAUUAACAAAAUGAAGGAGCAGUUGUUGCCCUCAGAAAAGAGCUGUGGUCUGGCUCCCCCUCACUAUCCUACUUUACUGACUGUCCCCACUUCUGUGGCCCUUCCCACCAACAUUUCUAUGGAUUCUGACACCAAGCCAGAACACCUUACCCCAACCAGCCAGACGUCAGUAACACAGAACAUCACAGUGGUACCAGUGCAGUCUACUGGGCUCAUGACAACAGGACCUGGUCUGGUAAUAACUUCUCCCUCUGGAUCCCUGGUGACCACAGCCUCUUCUGUGCAAACGUUUCCCAUUUCUGCACCCAUGAUUGUCUCAGCUCUUCCUCCUGGUUCCCAGGCAGCUCUCCAAGUAAUACCUGACCUUUCUAAGAAGGGCAUCCUUGCAGAGGGUGGGGCAGUGAGUGCUGCUGGCAGUAUCACCCCUAAAGCUCCCAGGGGAAGAAAAAAGAAGCGGCUGCAGGAAACGGGCCUGCCGGACAUGAGUGAUCCUUUUGUGUUACCCAAUGAAGAUGAAGAAGACCAGCACAAAGAUGGCAAGACAUACCGGUGCCGGAUGUGUUCCCUGACCUUUUACUCCAAGUCAGAAAUGCAGAUCCACUCCAAGUCCCACACCGAGGCAAAGCCACACAAGUGCCCUCACUGCUCCAAGAGUUUUGCGAACAGCUCCUACCUGGCCCAACAUAUACGCAUCCAUUCAGGGGCUAAGCCCUACACCUGCAGCUACUGCCAGAAAGCCUUCCGCCAACUCUCACAUCUACAACAGCACACACGGAUCCACUCCAAGCUCCACACGGCGGUUGUCAAGCCACACAAGUGCCCUCACUGCUCCAAGAGCUUCGCCAACACGUCCUACCUGGCCCAGCACCUCCGCAUCCAUUCGGGGGUCAAACCCUACACGUGCCGUUACUGCCAGAAGGCGUUCCGCCAGCUCUCCCACCUACAGCAGCACACACGAAUUCAUACUGGAGAUCGACCCUACAAAUGUGCUCACCCUGGCUGUGAAAAGGCUUUCACACAACUUUCAAACUUGCAGUCCCACAGAAGGCAGCACAACAAAGACAAACCCUUCAAGUGCCACAAUUGCCACCGAGCAUACACAGAUGCCACCUCGUUGGAGGUUCAUCUAGCCACUCACACAGUGAAGCAUGCCAAGAUUUACAACUGCUCCAUGUGCAAUCGGGCGUAUACCUCGGAAACAUAUUUGAUGAAACACAUGCGGAAACACAACAUCCCUGACCCCCAGCAGCAGGUGGCUGUGGUCCAAGCCCAAGUCCAGGCUCAAUCACAGGCAUCACAGCAGCAGCACUUCCAAGCACAGGGCAGUGGAACAGCAGGGGGUCCAUCUGGAGAGAACCCGUCCAAUCCUCCCCCACAGUGUUCUUUUGACCUUACCCCUUAUAAAACUUCGGAGCAUCACAAAGACAUCUGCCUCACGCCACUAGAGAAGCAUGGAUUUAUGAGUGUUUUGCUAUUUCCUGAGAAACUCCCAGGUUUGUAUGAAUUUCAUGAUAAUUAAGAUUAGGGGCCUGGAUGGCCAGAGCUUGGAAACGCUCUGGAUAGCCAGAAUUCAGCCCAUGUGUUGUAAACUUCAGAAUUAUGUAUGUUGGCUUUUAGUAUUUCUACAUCAAGGAUGGUUCACCAAAUAGAUUAAAUCAACUAAUGUAACAGUUGAAAUUACUGUACUAAUUUAGGUGAAAUUAACUAGCAAAAAUAGCAAUGGAAAUAAUCCAUUCAAAUCCUAUUUUUUAAAGCUUGGGGCGAUAAAAACAUCUAGAUUUUUUUUAAGACCAAGUGUCCAGCAAAUAUCAACUUGUGCUAAGCAUCAUAAAAAUGUAGUAUGACAUUUUACCUAGCCUUGGAAGAUAAGCAAACUACAGAGUUUUCUGUGAGAAUCACAGUAGGCAAGCAAGUUUAUGAGACAUGGUAUAUUAUAAAGUCAUUUAGAUAUCUAAAAAGCAUACUGAUCAAGAGCAAUGUAUUUAUGUUAACACUGAUCCUCACCAACCUCUUAUUUGAACCAACUGACAUUCUUGCCCUAUCUCCAAAAGCGAAUCCACUGACAAUAUUUUUCAGAAGUCUUAUUGGAAUCUUAUAAAGUAACAGAUAAACUUUGUCUAGGGCAGGGGUGUCAAACUGGCAGCCUGCGGGCCAUGGCCACCCCAGAUCCGCGAAGGAAAAACAUUGCAAAAUGUCAUGUGAUGGCACCAUGAUACUGUAAGUUUGACACCCAUGGUCUGGAGCAAGUUGUGGAAUGCUGGGAGUUGAAGUCCAUAUAUAUUAAAGUUGCUAAGGUUGACAAAAACCAGGUCCAAGGGCUGCUUCAGCUUGGAAAGCUGCUUCAUUUUGCAUGAAGUUGCUUAGCCCAAAUUGUCAUUAAAGACUCAAUAGCUUAGGGUAUGCAUGUGAAUCUUAGGACCAAAGUGAAUUGAAAGUGUAACAGGUUGAUUUGAAUUAUUUGCAAUUGUUCUGGUAAUAUUUUUGACACAGUUAUAGUAAAUUAGACUGCUCAAACUAAGUAUAGGAAGUGAACUUGCAUGUGAGAAACAAAUAUUAUUGAAUACAGAAAACCCAUUUGCAUACUAAGCACAAACUAAGACUAAAUCAUUUAUAAUUGAUAUUGAAACAAUGAAUCUUGACAUUUUAAUUUUUUUUUUAAAAAACCUCCAAUUAAUAUUUCAAGGUGAUAUCCUUCUGUGUUUUAACCACAAUAAUCAGAUUGAAUGUUGCAAUCAAUAAUACUGAAAGCUGCCGAGAAAUCCAGCUAAAUUAAGAUGGGUCAUGCUAAUUGUUUUAGAACAAUUAAAGCUAAUUUGGGAUUGAAGCCAUGUUUAAGAAGCCCUGUUGGCAUCUUAAAAAAUAAGUCAGAUUGACUAUUGAUCUGCUUCAAUCUUAUGCAUGAGUGUAUCCUGCCCUAUAGUAAAUAUCCACUGAAGUGAAUUUAUCUCAAAUGAUAUAUCUAACAGUUUAACAGAUUAAUAGAGUUGAAGGGACCAUAUAGGUCUUCUAGUCCAAUCCCCACUCUCAAAGCAGUGUCUGGCCAAAGCCAUCACAAUCGGGUGCAAACAAAAGUUUUUUUUUUAAAUUAGCAUUGUAACUGUAUUUCAAGGGGACAGAACUAAUUGUCCUCACCAAUGGAUAUUAAAUUACCUUGCAGGACAAGUAAAGGAUAUUCUUAAUAGGCUACUCUCUUUUACCUGCUAAUUUAUGUCUUUAGGCCAUAACAGAUUCAUCCAACAAAACCCUGAGUUUUUGGCAGCUGCUAUAAAUUGCAAGGUCUAUCUAUCUACAAAUAUUAUCUGCCAUUUAAUUAUGGGUGUCAGGGCAGGCCUGAUAUGCAUUACCAAAACCUGGAUGGACAAGCUGUCUCUCUCAGAGACAUAGCCUGCUGAAAUUCAGUUAGGCACCACCUAUAGCCCCAGUGUAUGGUGGGAAAGGGAAUAGCUACUGUCACUUAUGAAAUUACUAGGAUCAAAGGGCCCUACUCUUCAGAUAACCAAAUUUGGGGCCUUGAUUAUGUAGUUAGACCCAAAGGGGAUAGUAGUUGAAUCAGCUGCUUUACCCUGCUGCAUAGACAGCUCACCUCCCAGGGCUGCUUUGCCUAAUUGUUGAGGUGACAGUAAAGUUUCCCAAACUGGUUGUACAGGAUAUUUUCAACCAGCCUUCCCUGUCCAAGGGCUUGAAGUGGCCCAGGCAUUCUGGCCACCAUGACACCCCUGUACCUGAACUAGUUACUGAGGGCCCAAGACACAUGAGAGUUCCAUGCUUUGUCUGGGUUUUGUAACAGGGCAGCCAUAAUGUGACCUGAAAAUUGGUGGGCAUCAAAGUCACUCUGUUGUGGACAUACUGCUUUCUGAUUGCCGUGGAUUUUGCAAUGGGGAACAUCUUAGGUGCUUAAGAAUCCAGUGGGUUUUCAUGUUUUUUUGGAUCUGGUGGGCACUUUGGUUGAGACCUUGGUCAUCCAUUAGAAAAAAGAGGAAACUAGAAUAUAUGACUGGGUACACUAGAGUGGUUAGAGGUUGGAUUCAAAUAGUAAUCCACACCACUUUGAAUUCACCAUUGUGAAUUACAAUAAAUUUAAAUGCAUAUGGCAAUCAUUUACUAUGAAAAAAAGUUUUUCUCAGGCUGUUUAGAGAAGUCUUUAAAAAAAGUAGAAUUGUGCUAUAACCAUAUUAUUGAAGGCCCAGCCCUUUUCUUAUAUUGCUUUAUUUAGAAAAUUUCUAUAGCUGCCCAUCUCAUAAAAAGUGCCUGUUGGCAUCUUAAAAAAUAAACUGCAUCGCAAUAUUUUACAAAUCAGACAUAAAUAAGAAAAAAAGCUUACAGGAAUAAAGAACCCCAAGAUUGCGGGAGGACAAUUGCCCUUUAGUCUCAUUCAACCAUUUCACAGACUCGCCAUGGGAUUCCUAGGAUUGGUGGAAUAACAUUUUCAACAUUUUCUUGGUGCUCUCUGUGCUUGGUUGCUUUCUUACAAUGUUUCUUUACCCAAACUAAGUAACAUCAUCAGCACCGAUGAUGUUAUCUAGUUUGGGUAAUGAAAUGUCUGCAGGAAAGCAAGAAAGCUCAAGAGAAUACCAAGACCCCUUCAUUUCAACUGUGAGCUAUAAAUAUUCUCCUUUAUUGAUCAAGGCUUGAUCAAGAGAUGGGGCUAACUUCACCUCAGGGAGAAUGAUGUUCCUGGGAAUGGAGUUAAAGCAGGAAAGGUGCAUCGUCAGGGUCCUGACCAAUGGAACGCCUUCUCAGGCAGGAUCCAGACCAUACGUCUGAUGGAUGGAUGGGUAGAUAUAACUGGCAAGAGACAGUUCCUCAUUGCACAACACACAUAUAAAAACACUAGAGCUUUGACUAAACAGUUGUAGCCAUCUUGAGCGUUGAUCUCCAAAGGAUUCUACUUUAGACUCAUACUCUAUAUAAAUUCUAAUUUAUAUCUAGCACUAAGCCUUUUCCUGAUCUCUAUUCAUUUCACACAAAAAAUCAGCUUAGGACUUGGGCAAUCUUACAUUACUCUGGCAACUUUACAAAGCUGAGCAGAAAAUUCACUAUUUUGUUCCAACUAUUGUGUUGUAAUUUGAAAACUUGCUUCUCAUCUUAGGUACAAAUGCAAUUAUUCUUUCUUUCUCAUCAUCCCAAUGUCCUUCCUUCCCUCCCCCUUAUUCAUCCAGCUUUAUUCCCAUUCCUAAAUAAGCCAAUGUUAAAAUAGCCAAGGGAGGGUGGGAGUUUGUGGGACGGGUAUCUUCCCUAGUGCCUAGUAGAACACAAGGUAGCCACUUCCUUACCUUCUUUCAAAAACACAUUAAAGGAUCCUGCAAAUGCUGGGUCAUUGGUUAUCACUGUUAGAGGGAUCUGUUUGAGAUAAGAUUUCUAGAUCAUGGGAAAGUGCUGUUGAAAAGGCCCUAUAAAUUAAGGGGCAAAAAAUACGUUAAUUAGAAAAUAUUCCUGAGUAAAAAAUAUGAGCCUAGAGAAAAAAGGGAUGGGCAACAAGCAUACUGUUGGAGGUGUCCUAUUGAAAAAUUGGAGAAA